AGAGAGAGCGAUGGGAGAGAGAGAGCGAUGGGAGAGAGAGAGAGAGAGCGAGCGAGGCCGAUGUGGAUGAAGACUUGUGCGAAUCAUGAAUGAUGGUGUUCUUGUAACACUUGAAUAGGCGGAACAUGAGGGAACAACAGCAUUUCAACCUUAACAUCUGUCCGGUGGCCAAGCUGCAAUCCAUAAUUCAUGCUCGUGAACGUAAAGUUAUUUUUGAGUUGAACAUCGGAUUUCAACGUUGGGUAGCCUAGCACGUCUUCGGGUAGCCUACCAACCGUGCACAGCCUAGUCACCUGCCUCGACUCCCGCUCUUCAACCCUCCCUCUUCUCCAGCAUCGCGGCUCUGGUGGUGGACGGGUAUAGUCUGGUAUAUGGGUGUUGAACUGAUGUCUCCGCCUGUUAGGAAUCUAAAGUGCCCCUCGCCGGUGAUGUGUCAGUGUAAGGUCAUCUGCAGCAACCGGACUCUCUCCCUCAUGUUCGGUUGCAAGAAGUACCGGUACCAGGAUGAGGAGACGCCCCCCUUGGAGCACAGUCCAGCCCAUCUGGGUCAAGGGAAAAGUGCUGAAAUGCUUCACAUGAGUGACAAGAACCUCGCCGCCAUGGAGGCAAUGCAUGGCUACACGCCGCACACACACAUCUCCCCUAUCAAGCCGGUGUUGAUGUCGUCAGGCCACAAUCCUAUGUACACCUCUGCUGUUUCCACACUGGGGAAUUCUCCUCCAGUGGUGGUGAAUACUGACACGCUCGACGGCUCUCCCUACGUCAACGGGACAGAGGGGGAAAUUGAGUAUGAAGAGAUUACACUGGAACGAGGUAACUCAGGCCUGGGCUUCAGUAUAGCUGGCGGGACAGAUAACCCUCAUGUUGGUGAUGACCCCAGCAUCUUCAUCACCAAAAUCAUCCCUGGAGGAGCUGCGGCCCAGGACGGAAGGCUGAGUGUGAAUGACAGUAUCCUGUUUGUGAAUGAUGUGGAUGUGAGGGAGGUGACCCACAGUCUGGCAGUGGAGGCUCUGAAGGAGGCGGGGGCCAUCGUCCGCCUCUACGUGCUCCGCAGGAAACCAGCCGCAGAGAAAGUCACCGAGAUCAAACUCAUCAAAGGGCCGAAAGGUCUAGGUUUCAGCAUCGCUGGAGGGGUGGGGAACCAGCACAUACCAGGAGACAACAGCAUCUAUGUCACUAAGAUCAUCGAGGGUGGGGCUGCUCACAAGGACCAGCGGCUGCAGAUAGGGGAUAAGAUACUGGCGGUGAACAGUGUGUGUCUGGAGGACGUGAUGCAUGAGGACGCAGUGGGAGCCCUGAAGAACACAGCCGAGGUGGUUUACCUCCGGGUGGCCAAGCCUAACAACCUCUACCUGAACUCCUACAACCCGCCAGACCUUACCAGCACUUACUCCGCUCACAUGGACACAGAUCUUGGCCACCCCACCUACCUUGGAUCAGAUUACCCACAAGCCCUCACUCCCACCUCACCUAGUCGCUUCUCUCCAGUGUUGCACAGCAUGAUGGGGGAUGAAGACCUUCCCAGUCUCCUUCUUCCCCUCCAUUUCUCCUCGUCUCUCCCUGACCCUCCGUCCCUCCCCUUCUCCCCUGCUCUCUCUGUCAGGGAGCCUAGGAGAGUGCUGAUCCACCGGGGUUCUACAGGCCUGGGUUUUAACAUCGUGGGAGGAGAGGAUGGAGAGGGGAUCUUUAUCUCCUUCAUCCUGGCGGGGGGGCCUGCCGACCUCAGCGGUGAGCUGCGCAAGGGCGACCAGAUCCUCAGCGUGAAUGGAGUGGACCUGCGUAUCGCCACCCAUGAGCAGGCUGCGGCAGCCCUGAAGAACGCUGGCCAGACUGUCACCAUCAUCGCCCAGUACAGACCAGAGGAGUACAGCCGUUUCGAAGCGAAGAUCCACGACCUGAGGGAACAGCUGAUGAACAGCAGCAUGGGUUCUGGUCAGACGACACUGAGGAGCAACCCCAAGAGAGGCUUCUACAUCAGGGCCCUGUUUGACUAUGAUAAGACAGCAGACUGUGGUUUCCUGAGCCAGGCGGUGGGCUUCAGGUUUGGUGACGUGCUCCAUGUCCUGGACUGUGGUGAUGAGGAGUGGUGGCAGGCCAGACGGGUCAGUCCUCAGACAGACGUUGAGGAGGUCGGCUUUAUUCCCAGCAAACGCAGGGUAGAAAGGAAAGAGUGGUCUCGCAUGGGCACCAAAGAGAGGGAUCGCAGUCGGGACAGCCUCGGAUCUCAAGGGAGGGACGAUUCUCAACACAGCUAUGAAGCAGUGGCACAAGUGGAGGUGCAUUAUGCCAGGCCCAUCAUAAUAUUGGGUCCCAUAAAGGACAGGGUAAAUGAUGACCUGCUGUCAGAGUUCCCUGACAAGUUUGGAUCUUGUGUCCCUCACACCACGCGGCCCAAGCGGGAGUACGAGGUGGACGGGCGGGACUACCACUUUGUGUCGUCACGGGAACAGAUGGAGAAGGAUAUCCAGAGCCACCGGUUCAUCGAGGCGGGCCAGUACAACAGCCACCUAUACGGCACCAGCGUCCAGAGCGUGCGAGAGGUGGCGGAGCAGCAGGGGAAACACUGUAUACUGGACGUGUCGGCCAAUGCUGUCCGCAGACUACAGGCCGCUCAGCUACACCCCAUCGCCAUCUUCGUCCGGCCCAAGUCACUGGAGAAUGUCCUAGAGAUCAACACUCGUCUGACAGAAGAGCAGGCCAGAAAGGGCAUGGACCGUGCUCUCAAGCUGGAACAGGACUUCAUCGAGUGCUUCUCAGCUGUGGUGGAAGGUGACAGCUUCGAGGAGGUUUACCACAAGGUGAAGACGGUGAUCGAGGAGCAGUCAGGGCCUUACAUCUGGAUCCCCACCCGGGAGAGGCUGUGAGGCUGCCCCAUAAUCCAACUCCACCCCCCAACCACCCUCAGCCAGUCUGCCCUCCAGCCCAACCAGCGCUCAGAGAGACAGAGAGAGACAUAGAGAGACACACAAACACACACAGGGGGACACGUGAAGAUAGAGACACAUAAUCACACGGAGAGAGAGACACAGAGUAAUACUAAAAGAGAGACACAGGUGUAGAAACCCAGAGAAACAGGUAAGGACAGUAUUUAAUCAGUAUUCAUAUAUAAUCCAUGUGUGGUGAGUACUGAGCGAGACUGGAGAGAGGUGACCAAGUUGGGCGUGGCAAGGCAAGGCGGUGGGCGUCCCCAGAAUAAGCACAGGGUAACGGAUCGGCCAUCUCCCCCUCUCCGUCUCCCUCAGUCUCAUUUGACAUCCCCACUGACAAACAGGCGGGCGAUCCCUCCUUUUUUAUAUCCCUGAGCCUCCUCUCCUCCUCCUGUCAACUCUCUCCCUCCAUUCAGGACAUGAAACGGAGAGAGAGAGAGAGAGAGAGAGAGAGAGAGAGAGAGAGAGAGAGAGAGAGAGAAUGAGUGCAUAGACUAUGGAGGGACACACAGAUCAUAUUGAGUCCCUCUGACCCGGAGGAGGCUCUAUUCUAGUGAAAAGGCUUUGCUCCGUGUAUGAACAACUAGGAACAUCAUCCCACUAAUCAAGACUGGCAUUCGCUCAAUCACCCAUGAAUAGCAUUUUGCGAGGGCAUUUUUUCAAAAGCAGCUCAAAUAUAAACUCAAAUUGUGAAUUUGUGCAUGUGUCCUUAAAGGCAACAGGAAAAUGGUGGAAAAUAAGAAGAAAGGAUGAAGAAGAGGAGAAAUGACUGGGCGGUGCGCACCACCCGUUUCCCCCUCCAUUUUGAUGGGCGGGGAGUUUCUAGCACGUCUCAACAGAGAGAGGAGCAGUACAGAUGGAGAAAGAGGAGGGGCUAACUCACUGUGUGCAUAGACAAUGGAAGACCUCGCGUAUAACCUCUGGGUCUCUUCUGUACGGCGCACACACAGUCAGCCCGUACAGUAGGGCCGUUCUAAAUCCACCCGGCUCUUCUCCAAAAGCACUGGGCGGUCUGCCCUGUUUGUAAACGGCCAGGCAGAUUCCAUGCUGAAUGUUCUCUUAAGGCACAACAGCAGAGUCCUUAGCUUCAGCGCUUUAGUGUUAAGAGCACCACAGCCAAUUCUCUGAUCACCCUUCCAAAUAGACCCUCAACAACCCACACACAGUGUUCUCACUGGCCUGUGUGUGUGUGUGUGUGUGUGAGAGAGAGUGUGUGUGUGAGAGAGAGUGUGUGUGUGGACUGUGUGAGGAUUAAAUCUCUCUUCCUCUCUACCACUCUUUCACUGCCUCUUUCUUUCUCUCUCUCUUUCUUUCCUCACAAAUUAAGGCUACGUAUAUAUAACACGUUUAACAGACAAAAUGGCCUAUACAAAUAUAUAUUUUUAAUGACGAUUUAUAACAGGAGUUAGAGCCUGUAAAAUGUAAUAUCUCUUCAACAAUAUUCCAUUGCUUUGUUUGGGUAAACUUUCUCUUGUGUUCAGGGAUUUGUUUUGGUCCUUGACCAUCGAUUUGCCCUUCCACAACACACAGUCCUGACACACAAACACACAAAUAACUGAGAUGUAGCUGAGCUAUAACUGAGAAAUAUCUGAGAUAUAACUGAGAUAUAACUGAGAUAUGACUGAGAUAUAAAUUAGCUAUAACUGAGAAGUAUCUGAGCUAUAACUGAGCUAUAACUGAAAUAUAACUGAGAUAUAACUGAGAUAUGACUGAGAUAUGACUGAGAAAUAUAUGAGAUAUAACUGAGAUAUAACUGCGAUAUAACUGAGAUAUAACUGAGCUAUAACUGAGAUAUAUCUGAGCUAUAACUGAGAUAUAACUGAGCCUGUGCAGCAUGUGUAUUAUCUUCUCCAGUUACACAUCUCACUUCCUGUGGCUAGAGUGUUUUGAGUUGAGGUACAGUAGCUAUAUAAUACACUAGUCCAAUCUUAUGGAUGGGGUAAGGUGGCGUGUGUAUGCGUGUGCAUGUGUAUGUGGGUGGUUGUGCAUGUGAAUGGGUGAGUAUGCAAAUGUGUGUGCUUGCGUGUGUGCGUUCCAGGCUCAUGAGAUUUGGUGCAAUAGUGUAAUGAUGAUAUGCAAUGAGACUGGGUUUGGGUGUCUUCGAAGAUAUACAAUAAUGCGUUAUAGGCAGGAUAUAUAAGUGUAAUAAUAUGUUUGCACUGACAGCAUUAACACAGGUUUUAAUAGGGGGAGUGAGAAUAAGACAAAAUCAAAUCUGGAUUCCAGGGGUUUACAGACACUCGCUUGUAUUUCUAACCAUUUGUUUACAACUUUUGAUUUGACGUUUAAAGGGUGAAGUUACUGGUGGAAGUGACCGUUCAUAUUUAUUGUUCUUUGAUUUUUUGGGGGGCUCACUUGCUUUUCCCCCAGUGAGAGAUGGAAAGUGGUAAUGUUUUGGAUUGAUGAUUUAUUAUUAAGUCACUGUUUCAGUUGUAUUCACUUGGAAGUCUGUACAUUCUCAUUUGUAUCAUUUUUUUCUUCUUCAUUCAAAGAAAUAUCCGUUUUUGGGGAGCGGCCAGAACUGUUGUAAAUACAGAGGUGUGUGUGAGACGCUGUUGCAAUGCAUACUGCUAAUUGGACAUUAGAGAAACCAUCAGUCUCAGCACUGGUACCUGAGCCCACAGCCCUGCUACCCCCUCUAAUACACAGGAACACAUCACUUUGAGUGGGUCUCUCACACACACACACACGCGCGCACACACACACACACACACACACACACACACACACACACACACACACACACACACACACACACACACACACACACACACACACACA